UCCUCACUUCGCGGCUCAAGGGCAAUCAAAAUGGUUCGGACUGGUUUUUCGGAGAGAGGUUACAGAAGAUGUUGAAAACGUUCAAUCUCUCACCGGCGCGCGUAUUAAGUUGUUACAGCCUACUUGGACUAAAUCAACAGCUGUGUGGACAACGACUGUUUCUGGACGGAGCACAUUAAAUCAUUUAUUUGGAGCCAAUUUAUUUGAAAGUGUUAUAAAAUAUUAAUUGGUCAACUCAGAACCGUAAAGAAUUAGCCUAAUAAGGAGUUGGGUUAACAACUGGCAGAAUUGAGUCCGCGCGUUUUUUUUCAUCCAACAUGGGAUGCACCUUGCAUUAAUACUUUAAUUAUAAUGCUUUUGAAAUAAGGUGUUUCGGAUGGUCUGGAAUUGUCUAAAGAGUGUUUGACAAGGCCUUGCUUCGGGUAUCUCUACCAGUGGAUGGACAUUCUUAAAUGUAUUGAAGUAGACUGGGGGAAGCAAUGCUGUAAAUGAAGGAGUUUCACAUCUGGUGAAGUCAACCCUAGGACAGGUGACUCAGGAUGAGAAGAUGGCCACCCUGCUGCUACCACCGGGUCCUGACAGCUUGCACCGGUUCACCCGGGAGUCCCUGGCUGCCGUGGAGCAGCGGAUCGCUGAGGAGGAGGCCCGGCGUACCAAGCACUACCAAGAGGACCUGGGAGACGUGGAGCUGCCCCGGCCCCGGGCCGACCUGGAGGCCGGCAAACAGCUGCCACGCAUCUUCGGCGACAUCCCCGCCGGCCUGGUGGGAGUCCCACUGGAUGACUUUGACCCAUUCUACUUCAAGAACCAGAGAACAUUUAUAGUACUGAACAAAGGGAAGGCCAUCUUCCGAUUUAGUGCCACGUCUGCACUCUAUAUUUUUAACCCCUUUCAUCCUGUUAGAAGAGCAUCAAUAAAGGUUUUAGUACACUCGUUAUUCAGUCUGUUCAUAAUGUGCACUAUUUUGACCAACUGUUGCUUCAUGGCCAUGUCGGAACCAGCGUAUUGGGCCAAGUAUGUUGAGUACACUUUCACUGGAAUUUACACGUUUGAGUCAUUGAUAAAGAUUCUGGCGAGGGGAUUCUGUGUGGGGCCAUUUACCUUCCUGCGGGACCCGUGGAACUGGCUGGAUUUCAGUGUGAUUGUCAUGGCAUAUGUUACUGAGUUUGUGGACCUGGGCAAUGUCUCAGCCUUACGGACGUUCAGAGUCCUACGAGCACUGAAAACUAUCUCAGUCAUCCCAGGCCUGAAGACCAUUGUGGGUGCGCUGAUCCAGUCGGUGAAGAAGCUGGCGGACGUGAUGAUCCUGACCGUGUUCUGCCUCAGUGUGUUUGCCCUCAUUGGCCUGCAGCUCUUCAUGGGUAAUCUGCGUCAGAAGUGCGUCCGCAGCACAGCGCACUGCGUCAACAACACCCUCAACACCAACACCACCUUCUUCUGCAACAACCGGACGUGGCCCUCGCUCAAAGACUUCAUCGCAGACGAAGACAACUACUACAAAGUGGAGGGAGCUAAGGAUGCCUUAAUAUGUGGGGACGGGAGUGAUGCUGGGCAUUGCCCAGAUGGGUUUGAGUGUUUGAAGGCAGGAAGGAACCCUAACUAUGGUUACACCAGCUUUGACAGCUUCGGUUGGGCGUUCCUCUCCCUCUUCCGGCUCAUGACACAAGACUACUGGGAGAACCUCUAUCACCAGACUCUGCGGUCAGCAGGGAAGACCUACAUGGUGUUCUUUGUGGUGGUCAUCUUCCUGGGUUCCUUCUACCUGGUCAACCUGAUCCUAGCUGUUGUGGCCAUGGCCUACGAGGAGCAGAACCAGGCCACCAUCCAGGAGGCCUGGCAGAAAGAGAAAGAGUUCCAGCUGGCCAUGGAGCGCCUCAAGAGGGAAGCGCAGAAAGCUCAGGAUACAGAAUCCUUGAUGUCCCCGGAACUGUCCCCGGGCCUGGCUCUCCCUGACCACAAGGAGGUGCAGAGCAGGAGGAGAAGUCUGGAGGAACUGGUGGAGGAGGUAGAGAAUGGGGGAGACGUGGAGAAGGGAUACGUGACCACGUUGAAGGUGGAUACAGUGGAUGGGGGCAGGCCGACACAUCCACUCCUCGCCCGCACCAUCUCCACGCGUACCAGACGAGGCAGCAACAUCAGCAUCUUCAGCUUCCGUCCCCGGAACAAAGACUCGGAGGGUGACUUCGCCGACGACGAGUUCAGCAUCCAUGGGGACAAUGAGGGAACACACAGUCGUACUGGGUCCCUGGUGAUCCCAUGGAGCACCAGACGCAGGCCCAGUACCUACAGCACCGGCAGCCGGGGUUCCCAGGUCUUCCUCAACGUCAAUGGGAAGCUGUUCGUGGCCAUGGACCAGAACGGGGUCACCCCACAGGGGCUCCCAGCCUGCAUCAUGGAGAAGGUCAAGGAGGAGAGUGGGCCAAACUCCAGCACUGAGUUGAGCACCAUGCUGCUGCCUCACCCGGUGUCCAGAGAAGAGCACGUGCAGAGGGACCGAGCUCUGAGUGCGGCCAGCUAUCUCACAGAUGCCUUGGAGGAACUGGAGGAGUCGCGUCAGAAGUGCCACCCGUGCUGGUAUGAGUUUGCCCACAAGUACCUGAUCUGGGAAAGCAGUCCCUGGCUGCAGUUGAAGGCGCUGGUCAAGGUGAUGGUGAUGGAUCCCUUCCUGGACCUAGCCAUUACCAUCUGCAUCGUGCUCAACACCUUGUUCAUGGCCAUGGAGCACUACCCAAUGACUGACGAGUUCAACGGCAUGCUGUCCAUAGGCAACCUGGUAUUCUCCGGGAUCUUCACCGCCGAGAUGGUGUUAAAGAUUAUCGCUCUGGACCCCUACUACUAUUUCCAGCAAGGUUGGAACAUAUUUGACAGCAUCAUCGUGUGCCUCAGCCUCAUGGAGCUGGGCCUGUCCGAUGUGGAGGGACUGUCCGUUCUCCGAUCCUUCAGACUGCUAAGGGUGUUCAAGCUGGCCAAGUCGUGGCCCACCCUCAACACGCUCAUCAAGAUCAUCGGCAACUCGGUGGGCGCUCUGGGAAACCUGACCCUGGUCCUAGCCAUCAUAGUCUUCAUCUUUGCCGUGGUGGGCAUGCAGCUGUUCGGCAAGAAUUACCAGGACUGCGUGUGUAAGAUCUCUAAGGACUGUACGCUGCCGCGCUGGCACAUGAAGGACUUCUUCCACUCGUUCCUCAUCGUGUUCCGGGUGCUGUGUGGCGAGUGGAUCGAGACCAUGUGGGACUGUAUGGAGGUGGCAGGGCAGCCUCUCUGCCUCCUAGUCUUCAUGCAGGUCAUGGUGAUUGGGAACCUGGUGGUGCUCAACCUUUUCCUAGCCUUGCUGCUUAGCUCAUUCAGCUCGGACAACCUCUCGGCGCCCGACGACGAUGGCGAGAUGAACAACCUACAGAUUGCCAUUGGCCGCAUCAAAAGCGGCAUGAGCUGGCUCCGAAGCCAGAUCUGCGACUUCUUCAAUGGCAACUUCAAGCGGCGGCGGCAGAAGAGCAAAGAAGCCGAGACCAUGCUGAAGCUCAAGAGGCUGAGCCACAGUGCUCCGCUUGGGGAGGUGGGCAACGGGACAGUGGUGGCGGUGGCGGGAGGGAUUGGACGCCACGGGGAGAAGAUUAUGGUCCCGGAGGUGGACGACAGCUACAUGACCAACCCCAACCUGACCAUCAGCGUGCCCAUCGCUCCUGGCGAGUCGGACGUGGAGUUCCCCGAAGACGAGGAUGAGGAGGAAGAGGGGGAGAGCGAGAGCUCAGAGGAGGAGGAGGAGGAGGAGGAGAGCAAGCAGGUGAAGGAUGACAUCAGCCUAUCCGAGGGCAGCACAGUGGAUCUGAGGAAGCCAGGGGAGGAAGAGGAUGAGUAUUCAGAGAUGGCCGAAGAGACCAUGGAUCCUGACAACUGCUUCCCUGAUGUGUGCGUACGCCAUUUCCAGUGCUGUGAUAUCCAAACCACGGAGGGCCUGGGCCAGGCUUGGUGGCGGUUAAGGAAGACCUGCUUUCAGAUCGUGGAGCACAGCUGGUUCGAGUCCUUCAUCAUAUUCAUGAUCCUGCUGAGCAGCGGUGCUCUGGCCUUUGAGGACAUCUACAUUGAACAAAGAAAAGUGAUCAAAAUGGUGCUGGAGUACGCCGACAAGAUCUUCACCUACAUUUUCAUCCUGGAGAUGCUCCUCAAGUGGAUUGCCUACGGAUUCAAGAAGUACUUCACUAACUAUUGGUGCUGGCUGGAUUUCCUGAUUGUGGAUGUGUCUUUGGUGAGUCUAGUAGCUAACAUGCUGGGCUACUCGGACUUUGCUGCCAUCAAAUCACUUAGAACCCUCAGAGCUCUGAGGCCGCUAAGAGCACUGUCCCGAUUUGAAGGCAUGCGGGUUGUGGUGAACGCCCUGAUUGGCGCCAUCCCAUCCAUCAUGAACGUCCUGCUGGUGUGCCUCAUCUUCUGGCUCAUCUUCAGCAUCAUGGGGGUCAACCUGUUCGCAGGCAAGUACGGCCGCUGCGUCAACCGGACGGGCUACAUCCACAACGUGUCCGUGGUCAACAAUAAGACCGACUGCCUGGCCAUGAACGACACGCAGUUCUACUGGACUAAAGUCAAAGUGAACUUCGACAACGUGGGCGCUGGUUACCUUGCACUCCUACAAGUUGCUACCUUCAAAGGCUGGAUGGACAUCAUGUAUGCAGCAGUGGAUUCUCGUGCUGUGGAGGAACAGCCUAUCAGAGAGGUGAACAUGUACAUGUACCUAUACUUCAUCAUCUUCAUCAUCUUUGGCUCCUUCUUCACCCUCAACCUCUUUAUCGGGGUGAUCAUCGACAACUUCAACCAGCAGAAACGAAAGAUAAGUGGGCAAGACAUCUUCAUGACAGAGGAACAGAAAAAAUAUUACAACGCCAUGAAGAAGCUAGGGUCUAAAAAGCCUCAGAAACCGAUUCCAAGGCCAGUGAACCAAGUGCAGGGCUUCUUCUUCGACCUGGUGGGCAAGCAGGCGUUCGACAUCAUCAUCAUGGUCCUCAUCCUGCUCAACAUGAUUACCAUGAUGGUGGAGACGGACGAGCAGCCGGCCCGCAUGGAGUACAUCCUCAACAAAAUCAACCUGGCCUUCAUCAUCAUCUUCUCCUGCGAGUGCCUCAUCAAGAUCGUGGCGCUGCGGUGCUACUUCUUUACCAUUGGCUGGAACAUCUUUGACUUUGUGGUGGUCAUCCUCUCCAUCGUUGGUAUCGUUCUCGCUGACAUCAUAGAGAAGUACUUUGUAUCGCCCACUCUUUUCAGAGUCAUUCGAUUAGCCAGGAUUGGACGAGUACUGCGACUCAUCCGCGGAGCCAAAGGAAUAAGGACCUUACUCUUUGCCUUAAUGAUGUCCCUUCCCGCCCUGUUCAACAUCGGCCUCCUGCUCUUCCUGGUAAUGUUCAUAUACGCCAUCUUUGGCAUGGCCAACUUUGCCUAUGUCAAGAAGCAGGCAGGGAUCGACGACAUGUUCAACUUCGAGACAUUCGGCAACAGUAUGAUCUGUCUGUUCCAAAUCACCACGUCGGCAGGCUGGGACGGCCUGCUCAGCCCCAUCCUCAACAACUCUCCGGAAGAGUGCAACCCCAACCUCAUCCACACAGGCACCAAUGCCCGGGGCAACUGUGGCAACCCCUCGGUGGGCAUCACCUUCUUUGUCACCUACAUCAUAAUUUCCUUCCUCAUCGUGGUCAACAUGUACAUCGCCAUCAUCCUGGAGAACUUCAGCGUGGCCACCGAGGAGAGCACCGAGCCGCUGAGCGAGGACGACUUCGAGAUGUUCUACGAGGUGUGGGAGAAGUUUGACCCGGAAGCCACGCAGUUCAUCGAGUACGCCAAGCUGUCAGACUUUGCAGACACGCUGUCGGAGCCGCUGCGCAUCGGCAAGCCCAACAAGAUCAAGCUGAUCUCCAUGGACCUGCCCAUGGUGAGCGGUGAUAAGAUCCACUGCCUGGACAUUCUGUUUGCCUUCACCAAGCGCGUGCUGGGUGAGUCGGGCGAGAUGGAUGCUCUCAAACAGCAGAUGGAGGAGAAGUUCAUGAUGGCCAAUCCGUCCAAGAUCUCCUACGAGCCCAUCACCACCACGCUGAGGCGCAAGCAGGAGGAUGUGUCGGCCGCUGUUAUCCAGAGGUGCUACCGCAGGCAUCUGGUGCGGAGGCAAAUGAAGCAAGCCUCCUUCCUGUACAGAUCAAUGCAGAUCAGUCUGACGCAGAGCCCCUCGGGCGAGGGGGGCACCGCUCCAGAGAAAGAGGGUCUCAUAGCCUCCAUGAUCAAGGAGCACUACGGGGGGCCUGAGAUGGAGCUGAUGGAGACCCUGUCCUCCACCUCCUCUCCACCGUCUUACGACAGCGUCACACGGGCGACUAGUGAACUUUUCCAAGUUUUAAUUUCCGAACAGUCCAGGAACAGUGACUUGAGGGAACAUUGCCCCGCACCCGACAGAGUACCAGAUCGCGAGACAUUUCUGUAAUGGCAACUAGGAAAUGCUUUUUUCUCUUUUUGUUGUUUACCGAAUGUAACAUAGCUCAAAUGACACUAGUUUAAUACUUGUGGUUGUCCAGAGAAUCUGCAGGGGUUUUCAUAGAGAAAAGGCUAACUAUUUCUUUCUUUUUGGAGAACAUGCUUUGAGGGAGUACACAAAGGCAGUGUGUGUAAAUCCUAGAUAACCUUUGACCCUGCUCAUGUCAACUUUGCUUCACAGUUAAUAUGCAUGAAUGACCUUUGCAGGGUCACAACAAUUAUAUCACUGAUGUAAUAAUAAUUUAUUAGACUGAAGGAAAUACAGUUUAUCAAUAUUUACAAAGUAUGCCUGACCUUAUGAGUUCAUUAAAGGUCUUACUAUUAUUGGUGUGAUUACUUAUAAUAAAUAGUUUUCAAACUGUGAGAUGUGAGAAAAAAACUAAGGGAUACAAUUUUUCGUAGUAAAGUAUAACAUUGUUGAUGUUACCAGUCUUUCAUAGCAGUACAAUAAUUACUAUUUUUUAUAUUUUUAGAGUAAGAAAAAAAACAUGGCCUCUUCUGAAUUACAGUACUACCACAUUGUAUUUGAGCAUAUUUUGAGCAUUUUUGCAUUUACGUUUACACGUAAAGAUAUCCCGAGAUAUCCGGGGGCCCUGCAUUUUAUCUGGGCCUAGUUACACAAAGCUAAGAAGCAGUGCAGUAACCAUGAUCUGUAUGUGACAAUCAAACCUACAUCUAUCUCAUGGUUACGAUUGACAGAUUUCUCUUUCUCCAUAACUUCUGUAGGAUUAAAACUGCCCCAAUGGCUAUAUAUUUUAUAUGACCAUCAGCGAUCAUAUUCACUAUUAGUCGGACAGAUAAUCGUCCUAUUUAUUUUUUAUUUAAAGUGUGUUUCGCAUGUUUUGACUGCAUCAUAUAGAGACGUUGUGCUCAAGACUGAAAAACAAUUAUUUAUCUAUUUUGCACAAACUGUGUUUAGCAAUAAUUUACUACUUUUUAGGAUAAAGGGGUCAAAGUUUGUACAGCAUUUAUUUUUGCUUGAACUCUACAAACCGUUCAGCUUCUCUUGGUUACCCAUAGCUUAGGCCUACUCUCAACUAUAUCACUGACACUGGUUUCUAUUUGACUCCGAUAAUAAUAAGGACACCGCUCAACUUUAAUAUGAUACAUAUUUUCAGGUUAUGGUUGCAGGUGUGUUGAAGGGCUGUUUUCUGUAGCAAUAGAUCCAGUGUGUGCCUGGUAUAUACCCCUGUCCUGUUUCGAAAUGGACCUCUACUCACAUCGUACUCCCAUUAGAUGCCAUGGGUGUGUGACUGGGAUCGGACUGCUAUUUACCAGUGUCUACGGGGACUUUUCUAAAGACAUUUCUGAUUGCAUGCUUUGUAUUGGGAAUGUUGGGGAACAUGUUUAAAAGUCGGGAGCGAUCCUAUUCGUUUUUGGGUGGGACAUUUUUAUACAAAAAUGUCAUGGUGAAAAGUCAACUCUGCACAUCUCUGUCAUAAAUGCACUGUUUUCAUCCUAACGAGAGCUGCUUCAUCGUAAAAACAUCCAAGACAUGCACAGAAAAAGCUUAUUUUUCAUUCUUAUAAACUGUCAGAAAUGCAAUAACCUACAACAGUCAUCUUCUCAGCAGUCCGUAUAUAAUCGUUUUGUUGUUAUAAUGAUUAUUUCCAGAGCAUUUCUCACUGCUCAACCACAAUGCAGUGCCUCAGUGAAGCCCCCGUUGCAGUAAAUAUUAUUCAGAAAGACGUUUUACUACUUUCAGUUGACAUUUUUUUUAGUAUGUUGCAAACACAUGCCUCUGUAUUUAAGAUAACAACCUCCUGUGAAAUAAAUGAGAAAGCCUACAAUA